AUGGUCCGACGACGGAAAGGAUGGAGGGGCCCCCGGGAGGCCCUGCAGAACUUUGGAGAGGAUGGCUCGCCCAUCCACAUCCGCCGUGGGUCCCCUGAGUACACACCAAUGCCACGCCCUUUGGGGCCCCCUUUGCUCGAGGCCCUAGAAAGGCUUCCAAGGGAAGCUUCCUCAGACAGUUCGUCCGACUCGUCCACUGAGAGGAAGAAGAAGAAGAGGAAGAAGAGACGCAGCCGAUCCCGCUCUUUGUCCCCUAGUUCAAGUGACUCGUCCUCAAGUGACGGCCACAGGAGAAGCAAAAAGAAAGGCAAGAAAAAACACAAAAGUAAAAAUAAGAAAAAGGGGAAACACAUAUCGACUUCUUCGGAUCAGAGCGCCGCCGCUCCGGUUGGUGCUGCUGCAGCAGCUGCUCCAAGGGCGGCAGCAGUGGCAGCGACAGGCGACUCCCAGUCAGACGACAAGAUCGUCAUAUUUGACAAAGCUAGCAGGACGUUUACUUCUGAGGCAGGCAGCGGUAGUGGGGUCCCUCUGGGGGCCCCUCACAGUCUGCAGGGCUCCAUGUUUGACUUACAGAACUACAGGAAGGCGUUUGGGCUAUCUUGUGGCAACUAUACAUUUGUACCGGAGGGGGAAUCCAUGCCUGCUGCUGCUGCUGCUGCUGUUUCGGCAGCGGCAGCAGCAGCAACGGCUGCGGGAGGCCCUGGGGGGGCCAUGCUGAGCGUCAGUGGGGGCUCGCAGGGGGACAGGGGCACCCGGGUGACCCCCAAGACUCACCCCCACCUCUACUGGAGCUGCUGGAAGUGUGGGGCCCUCAAUUACAAGACAAGACACCAGUGCAUAAAGUGCAAUCGUCUCUUCCAACGCUAG